GCAAAUGAGUAACUUGAGUGCGCAUAAAAAAACUGUAUCCCGAAUCUGGAGUGUGUUUGGGAGUGCCACCCCGAGUCAGUCAUUUCAGACUUUUGCAGUUUUUGACAGUUCUGAUGAGUGUGCCCUUUUUCCAAGCUUUUUAAGCCUCCAAAAAUUAAGGGCACAGGAGAGAAAAAACCCAACCUGUACAAAAACAACUUGUUCCUCGCCUUUGCAUGCUCAGUCCCUAAUUAUUCAUUUUUAUCAUAAUUUAAAUGUGGUGAGUAUUUCUGAGUGUCACCAGCUGGUGUGUCUGUUGUGUUGCAGUUCAAACUGAGCUUGCCGUACAAAGAGGAGCACAUGAUCACAUACCUGCAGCCAGGUGUGGAGUACUGUGUCAACGUCUCUGUGACGUCAUUCUUCAGCAGCAGCCAUGUCUCCAGUAAACCUCACUGUGCCUUCACCAGCCCACCUAUGCCCAGGAGCUCAUUGUACAUGGUCUUCAUCCUGCUGGCUGCGUUCUGUGCUCUGGGAUUUCUCCUCAUAGGACUGGUCAUCUACAGCGGUAGACGGUUGCUGAGACAACGCCUAACCAGACCUCUGGUAACAGAUCCGACUGUGUGUGCUUAAAUUUUGCACCCAAAAUACUCCAUGAUCACAGAGUGAAUAGAUUGUGAUACAAUGUAGUACAGAUGCCA